GAGAGUCGAGGAAAGCCCGCCAGAAGAGCUCGCUCCAUGGAAGAAGAACAGGACUUCUACCUCCGCUACUACGUCGGCCACAAGGGAAAGUUCGGCCACGAGUUCCUCGAGUUCGAGAUCCGUCCCGACGGCCGGCUGCGCUACGCCAACAACUCAAACUACAAGAACGACACGAUGAUCCGAAAGCAGGCGUACGUGUCGCAGGCGGUGGUGGCUGAGCUGAAGCGGAUCGUGGCCGAGUCCGAGAUCGUGCGCGAGGACGACAAGCAGUGGCCUGAGCCCGACCGCAACGGCCGGCAGGAGUUCGAGGUCAUAUCGGGCGGCCAGCACAUCUCGUUUGCGACGGGCAAGAUCGGCUCGUUGCUUGAUGUGCAGGAGUCCAAAGACCCAGAGGGCUUGCGCGUUUUCUACUAUCUGGUCCAGGACCUCAAGUGCUUUGUCUUCUCGCUGAUCGGCCUCCACUUUCGGAUCAAGCCCAUUUAAGGGUCUGGCGCGACGCAAACAGAGCCACCACUUCCACAUCCCUAUACGAGACGAGACGAUUUUUUUGCGCUCGAUUUUUCUGAAGGU